AUGUCUGCAGUCACUACGGAAAAGUCAAACAAACGUAGCAGAGCCACAGCCUGUGAGCGAUGUAAACUUCGCAAGCAACGCUGUGAUCAAAAACUGCCGAUUUGUACAAACUGCCAAAAGGCUGGAGCAAAAUGCAUUCAACCUGAAAAGUAUCGUUGUAAUUUUGUUGAAAAAGACUCUUAUACUGCCAUGCUUGAAUCUCGUCUUCAAGCUUUAGAAUCCAAAAUUAGACUCCAAGAAGCUGCUGGAUACCAGUUUGCACGCUACAACAACGUGAUCGAAGCAAACCAAAACCACCUCCACCAAAAGGAAGAGCCACUACAGAAUUCAGAAAGAUUCGCAGGCUCAAAUAUCCCCAAGCCGCCAACCCCUCAGCCGCCAACCCAACAACAACAACAACAACAACAACAACAGCCGUCCCAACCACCGGGUCAUUACUACCAGCAACCGCCGCCGCCACCACCACCACCAUUAACAUCACAACAUCGUACUCAAGUCCCGCCACAAGUCCCGCCACCAUCCCAACCCGACGCUGUUGUUUCAGCUACCUCUUCAAAACCAUCUUCUUCAGGCUCUCCACCACGUAGACGUAACAGCUGCGGACUUGUCAGCAUUCUUAACUCCGAUCCAGCCGAUGACGCCUCUGUUCCGCCAUCUUUCUCGGUUGUUUCGUCACUUUUGAAAGACUCAUUUUUGGGCCGCGCCAAAGAGGCACAUAGUACCGACCCAUCACCUGCAAAGUCGAAUCUCGGUGACUCCGGCCUGCAUUCGGAUAAAUCGUCCUCCAAUAUUACUAAUAUCAUGGACACACUUGGCCAGCCCAAAACAAGAAUCAGCCUGCUAAAGUCUCAUUUAAACGCUAUUUUAGAUUCCGCUGACGGCAAGCCACAAUCUCCAACACAGCAUCACCAGCACCACCGUUACCACCACAGUCAGAAUUUACAACAGCCACAUUCUUCAAGCACUCCAGGCUCAUCCUCUUCGGCUAACUUUUCGCCCGCCACUCUGCCGCAAUCCGCCUAUUCCUUUUCGUCAACUCCUGGUACCACAUCAUCUACCUCUUCUUCCCACGACUUCCAGCCUGAAAAUGACUUUGAUGCCUACCUUUUACCCCUCGACAUUGAUGUCUCAGAAUUUCUUGUCUUUGACCCAGCACCUCCUCCAGAUGAGGCUUUAGGCAAAAAAAUUGGCGAUUUUCUUCGUCUCAAAAACCACAUGCGCCUCCCAGUCUCACGUAUUUAUGACUUUAACACUCUCCACAAAAAUAGAUUUACAAUUCCAGCCGAUCCAACUGACUCCCAAUGGCGUUUCGAGCAGUUCUACCUUAAUAUUACUUACACACUAGUCGUCCUUAGUAUUCUUGGUGUCUACUCGGCUAACAACAUCCCCACGUCAAGACUUACUCUCGAUCCUUACAGCUUCUUUUAUACUGCAAUUUCCCAUGCCCGCCGUUGCAGAACAAAGGACCCUCUCAAACAAAUCAUUUGCCUAACCAUGUGCUCGCUUUUUCUUGUUCGCCAGGACAUGGCCCGAAACUUGCACUGGCGCAUGAUGGACAAGGCAAUGCAAAUUGCUCAGGCCCACAAUUUCCACAAAAAAGAGUCUCUUAAAGGCCUUUCUUUGUUAGAUCAAGAAAACCAACUACGUGUAUUUUGGAGCUUAUACCAAAUGGACCGUUUGCUAGCGUUUGAACGACGGGCGCCUUAUGUCAUUCCUGAAGCAGAAAUUGAUAUUCCACUUUUUGCUGAUAUCAAUGAGGAGGAAACAGAUGAGGCUGUAAUUUUGGAAGCAAGAAAACCUGGUUAUGUGCCACCAAAGUCGACAAACUUUUCUUUAAGUCUGCACGGCUUACGCAUCAUUCGAAUUGAGGCUGAAAUCAUUGACUCCAUUUAUCGUGUUGAUAAAACUUACAAGGAGCAAUUCCCUAAAGUAGAGCCCUUUUUGAAGCGUCUAGAUGACUGGAAAGUGCAGUGCCCUAGGUAUAUGGGCCAUGGCCAGAUUAUCAUGGAAAUGCACCAUGCUCGUGCCGUCCGCCUUCUUCUCCAGCCCUUUUUGGGCUUUCUGGAACCAACAAGCCCCCUCUUUAUCAGGUGUAUGCGGCAAUCAGGCCAGAUUGCACAGGGCUGUACCGAGAUUUGCCGCGUCAUUAAGGGGUUCAAUCUCAUGUCUGCAAAUGCUCUAUUCAUGUCGGGACUCACUUUAAUCUACGGGCUUUGGCUAGCGUCCAAGUCGAACCUUAAUUACCAGUACAUUAUUGAAGACAUUCGUCUUUGUACUUGCUGUCUUUAUGCUCUUGCCGAGCGGUCCUCUGUAUUUGCUCAUUAUAGAGAUACAAUUGAUAAUCUGGCAAGUGCAACAAUUCGCCAUGUAAGUGAGCUGGCCUCCAAGCGGUACGUCAUUGUGAGCAAUCUACCAGACCAGCAAUCUAGCUCGGAUGCAGUCACUUUUAGUGAAGAAAAUAGUGAAACUAGAAGUGGCAGAAACUCUAGUAAACCCCCCUCUGAGGCUUACCCCUCCUCAACCUUGUUAUCUUCAACGACCAAAAUUUGCUCAAAAUCAGGUGUUUUAAUCGCCAGCGAUAAUGUGCGGUACCCAAUACCAAUAACCACCUCUCAGAAUGUCAAUGGUAAGCUGGAGCCCUCUCUCCAAGGAUCGUCUGAUGAGGAAACUCAUACGAUAUUUAGGCUGCAAAAACAGCUUAAUAAGGACUCGCAUGAAAAGUUCAAACAGUUGCAAGAUCUUAAACGGAAGCACUCUGAAACUGGUAAUCAAGCGGAGCCAGAGUCUCCAGCAGAUGGUCAUACAAGUAAGUAUUUACGUCAGGGCCUGAAUAGUAAAACAGCUCCACAAACUCCGCAAUCAAGCGAUAGUGAUCAUCACCAGUUGAUUGCAGAGUUGGUCAACAAUUUGCAACAGACGCCUCAAAAUGUGUCAAUCCCGCCCCAGACUUCUGGAGUGGUGGCACCCGUGGGUACCUCGUCUUCUUCUUUUUCUUCUACUACACUAUCAGGACAACCACCUUCGCCAUAUGUCCCGUCGCUGGGCAACCGGUUUGCCUCAGGCGGGUCGUCAGUGUCGUGGUGGAAUAACUUAGAACAGCGGUUGCACGUGAGUGAAUCACCUCGAAACUGGGUCAAUGCACUGGGCUCGCACGAUGGCGUGACGACUUGGAUCCACGACUUGUCGGCAUUUGCUAAGCAGCAUUUAAGCUCUGGGGGGAAUAAUAACUGUGAAAGUAGCAACAGCAACAGCAAUAACUUUAGUUCUACUGCAAGUGCAGUGGUGGCUGUGGAUAACUUGCACAUUCAUCCAAAUGAACACACGGAUACCGUGAACUCGAGUAACAAUGGCCAUAAAGACAACAGUGCUCACAGUAGCUCGUUGAAUGAAUUGCUUUACGGGAACACACACGGUGCUACUUCUCAGCAGCAACAACACAAUACCUAUCAUCACCACCAUGUUGCAUCCACUCCUGGCUCGGGUGUAUCGCAGGCUCCAUCACCGCUCAACUUUCUUGCUGCCGCUUCUGAGUAUGCGGCAGCUGGGGGGCUUGACAAUGGUGCUGGGAAGAGUGGUGGGUCGGCCGGUGAGGGUGAGACUUCCGAUCCAGGCCCCCGCAAUGAAAAUGUUACAGAAAAAAGUUCUCGAGAGGGUGCAACCACAAUGACUGCAACCUCGGAAGAGUCCAUUGGAGGGUUUGGUGGUGAGCCAGGGGAUUCCAAGAGUAAAGAAAACCAAGAAAAAGGUGACCACCAUCAUAAGAGUCACUCAGCAGUUGCCCCCAUCACCAUCUCUAUUGCAAGCUCGCUGGGCGACUUGUACGCAGCUACUACAGUUCCGGCCAUGGUACCCGAGGGAGCACCUGCGACGCCGGAUGACGGACAGCAGGUGACAGGAUCUGGCGGGGCGGCGCAGAUGCAUUCUAACAAUGGAACGGUUGCAGCAACAGCGACGACGGUUGGUGAGGGUGAGCGAGUUGAAGUUUCGUCGCCAGGGCAUGGCAGUGAUUUACAUGAACACGCAACAGCCACGGCAGGAGCAACAGGACCUAAUGCAAAUAAUGCAAACAAUGCAAACUUUUCAAUGUAUGACGGUAGUCUGCCGGCAGUUGGAUCUGGAGGGGCGUUGAUUGAAGAGUAUGGGGAUUGGGCAUAUGAUGUCAAUCUGUUUUACUACAAUGACUUGGUGACUUGGUCUUUAUGA